AGUAAUAUAAACACCAAAAUGCCAUGCCAUCAUUCAAACUUCCCCUGCGAGAGCCUUGGCGGCUUUUGUAAUCAGAGCAUUGACUCUUCUCCCAUUGGCUGCCAAAUUAUUACUUGGUCCUUUUAAUUCUCUUUUUAAAGCUUGUUUAAUGCGAAUCUUAAGAACAAGCGCCUUGCCCAACUGGUAAUACGACAAUUAUUGCAGUGUUAAAUUCUUUUUUUUUUUUUUUUUGUCAAAAGCUGCAAAUCCAGAUCUGGUUAAAGGUUAGCCAUUGCUUCUAGAUCACCAAAUUUCAAUCUUUGUUCAAAAGAAUUUAACUUUUCUUCUAUCAAUUAUGGUGAAAUAUUGCCCUGUUAUUAGUUAUGGCGAUAAUGAUUUAAUGGUUUUAAUUCUAGAAAUUAUUUGUCAUUUCUUGUUUUGAGUUUGAUUUUUUUUUUUAUCGGAGGUUGUAUGAAUUAUGAAAAUUUUGUUUGCUUUUAUCAAUAAAAUAUUACAUUAGAGUUUUGUGAUUUAGAACUGUAAUUUUGAAAAUAUUUUAAGGUUGUCUUUGGCAACAUAGUUUGAAAGGAGGGAUUUGGAUGUCAAAUUCUGUAGUAAUACUCUUCAACAUUUGAGUUUUAUGAUUACACUCAAAUUCAUGGAUUUAUUACAUUCUAUUGAGUAUUGAAUUUGUAAUACCUAAACAAAAAAGUGAAUUUCAAAUACAUUUUUGAAUACAUUCAUCCUUAUGAUUUGUAAAAGAAAUAAAUCCAAAUUCACUCUCUAAAGCUUGUUUCCAACUGAAGCAUAUGGUUAUUGUGCUUGUUUUCUAAAAUUGCUUCCUGAUUGAUGCAGUAGGUGCUUGGAUAGAGUGUGAGGGGUGAAGAUACAAGAAAUUUUUCAUGUGAAAUUCGCUGAUUUGGUUCUCAAUUAAUAGAAUAGAUGCUUGAGAUAAUGUUUUCUGUUCAGAAGUGGAAAUGCUCAUGGUCUCUGGUGGCUACAGUUGCGUCUAUUAUAGCGCUAGUUUCAGUAGUUCAUCUAUUCCUGUUUCCUAUCGUCCCUUCUUUUGAUUACUUCAUUUCCCGGCAAGUUCAGUACACAUGUGUUCCAGUUAAUGCAUCAGUUGAACAGGGUGCUGAUCAUGUUUGGGGAAAUAUACACCAGGGUCUUGAUUUAGAUCACAGGUUUCCUUCUGACUUGCAUAAUGGAGUUGUUUAUCAUAAUGCACCGUGGAAGGCAGAGAUUGGGCGGUGGCUUUCUGGUUGUGAUGCAAUUGCUAGGGAAGUCAACAUUGUUGAGAAAAUAGGUGGUAGGCGCUGCAAAGAUGACUGCAGUGGUCAAGGUGUUUGCAAUCAUGAAUUGGGCCAAUGUAGAUGCUUUCAUGGAUUUACUGGAGAAGAAUGCUCUGAGAGGCUAAAUUUGAGUUGCAACUACCCUAAAACACCAGAGCUGCCCUAUGGACGAUGGGGUGUCUCAAUAUGUUCUGCUCAUUGUGACACUACAAGAGCUAUGUGCUUUUGUGGAGAAGGCACAAAAUAUCCAAAUCGUCCUGUGGCGGAGGCAUGUGGGUUUCACAUGAACAAACCAGGAUGGUGUAACGUAGACCCAGAUGCAGCAUAUGCUUCAAAAGUGCACUUCAAAGAGGAAUGUGACUGCAAAUAUGAUGGACUUUGGGGGCGUUUCUGUGAAGUGCCUGUUGAAAGUGUUUGCAUCAAUCAAUGCUCUGGACAUGGUCAUUGCCGUGGUGGGUUUUGUCAGUGCUAUAAUGGAUGGUACGGGACAGACUGCAGUAUUCCUUCAGUCGUAUCUCCAAUGGGAGAGUGGCCUAAGUGGCUCCGACCUGCUCAGGUCAAUAUUCCUGGUAAUGAACUCUCAGGAAACCUUGUCAAUCUCAAUGCUGCGGUGAAAAAGAAAAGGCCCCUUCUCUAUGUAUAUGAUUUACCUCCUGAGUUCAACAGUUUACUUCUUGAGGGACGACAUUUUAAGUUUCAGUGUGUAAACAGAAUCUAUGAUGACAGGAAUGCAACAUUGUGGACAGAUCAGUUGUAUGGCUCCCAGAUGGCACUCUAUGAGAGUAUUUUAGCUAGUUCAUAUCGAACAUUAAAUGGUGAAGAAGCAGAUUUUUUCUUUGUUCCUGUUUUGGAUGCUUGCAUCAUAACACGUGCUGAUGAUGCACCCCAUUUGAGCAUGGAGAAUCAUACUGGCUUGAGGAGCUCUCUCACUCUGGAAUUUUAUAGGAAUGCAUAUGAUCACAUUGUUGGGAAAUAUCCUUAUUGGAACCACUCGGCAGGAAGAGACCAUAUUUGGUCUUUUUCGUGGGAUGAAGGUGCUUGCUAUGCCCCUAAGGAGAUAUGGAAUAGUAUGAUGUUGGUUCAUUGGGGUAAUACGAAUUCUAAGCACAACCACUCAACAACAGCCUACUGGGCUGACAACUGGGACAAGAUUCCAUCUGAUAGAAGAGGCAACCAUCCUUGUUUUGAUCCUGAUAAAGAUCUCGUGCUUCCUGCUUGGAAACGCCCUGAUGUUACUGCAUUGAUUGCCAAACUGUGGUCUAGGCCUCGUGAGAAGAGGAAGACGCUUUUUUACUUCAAUGGAAAUCUAGGACCAGCUUACACAAGUGGAAGACCAGAAGCUACGUAUAGCAUGGGGAUCAGACAGAAACUGGCAGAUGAGUUUGGUUCGACCCCUAACAAGGAGGGAAAACUAGGGACACAGCAUGCAGAAGAUGUGAUUGUAACUCCUCUUCGUGCUGAAAACUAUCAUGAAGACAUAGCCAAUUCUAUUUUCUGUGGUGUGCUGCCUGGGGAUGGUUGGAGUGGUCGUAUGGAAGAUAGUGUUUUGCAAGGAUGCAUUCCUGUGGUUAUUCAGGAUGGGAUCUUCCUGCCGUACGAGAAUAUGCUCAACUAUGAGAGCUUUGCUGUUAGAAUACAUGAAGAUGAAAUUCCAAAUUUGAUCAAGAUUCUUCGGGGAAUCAAUGAAACAGAAAUAGAAAUCAAGUUGACCAACGUACAGAAAAUAUGGCAGAGGUUCCUCUAUCGUAAUUCUAUUUUGCUAGAAGCUGAGAGGCAAAAAACUGGCUUUGGCCGAGUGGAGGAUUGGGCAAUUCAAUUCUUGCAACAAACUGAAGAUGACGUCUUUACAACAUUUUUACAGGUUUUGCACUACAAGUUACAUAAUGACCCUUGGAGGCGGCAACCUGCUAACCUUAAAAAGGAGUAUGGAUUACCACCAGAAUGCUUGAUAAGAACCAAGUGAAGAGCUAUAAACUAACGUAUAUAGCAGCAGCUAAAGUGGCCAAAAACGAAUGUACAUGAAUCAACCAUUCUUAGCUUCUUGCAAAGAAUUGAGUUUCAGAGCUUAAGAGUGUGUAAAAACUGGUCAGGUGGAUGGAUAUCAACAAGAAAGCCUGAUAUCCCAAUAGAUAUGCCAAUUGAUGCAAGAUUCUCAACCAAACAGAAGUAGAUGCAGAACAUAGGAUUUUGUUACAAUUUUUUAACAGUAUUUAGAAGAGUAAGAAGAAUGGAAAAUUGUUUGGGCAGUGUGCGUUUUAGCAGAAGAGAUGUGCAUGUUGAAACCCUUUAUAAUAUUCUUUUUAUAUUAUUUGUAUGUCAACUUGAUUUUUGUCUAUUCAAACAUCAUGCA